AGGCCGGCCCUGCCCGCAGCGGGAGGCUGGGCUGAGCCGGGCGCUGGCGGCACCGGCUGCGGCAGCACUGCAGAGCGGGCCACCGCGGCAGCUGAGGAGGAGGAAGAGGACGAAGGACACCCGCAGACCGUCCCAGGGGGUGCUGAGAGGAGGUGAUGCCAGCGGGAUGGGUGCCCAGCCUCGUCCUGCUGCACCCUGAGGGCUCCUCGGGGUGAGCUGCUGCACCCCUGGGUGCCCCCAGCGCCCGUCGGUCCCCAGGGCGGGGGGACGAGGCCGCUGUCCCCAGGUCACGGCUCCUUUAUGCACCAGCACCCGAAGCACGAGGGCCCCCGGGUGGGCGCAGUCGCUCGGGGUCCCACGGGGGCUGAGACCUGACGCAGCUCGAGGCAGCGGAGCAGGAGCCCCGCCGGGAGCACCGGGCCGAGCCCCGAAGAUGCUCAGCACCACCGCGUCCUCCCACGGCACCGCCACAGCCCGGGGGGGGCAUCCCCAGCGCCGCCCCCGAAUCCCGGCCCCGUACCGAACGGCAUGAACGGCACCGGCGCGGCGGGGAACCGGAGCUGCGGGGGCGGCGGCGAGGAGCCCCCCCCGCUGCCCACCUUCUCCACCGCCGCCAAGGUGCGCGUGGCGCUGACCUGCGUCCUCUUCCUCUCCUCGGCUUGCUGCAACGGGGCCGUGCUCUGGGCGGCCGCCCGGGCUCCCCGCCGGCGCCCGCCCCGCGUCCGCCUGCUGAUGGCGAACCUGGCGGCGGCCGACCUGCUGGUGACGGUGGUGGUGAUGCCGCUGGACGCCGCCUGGAACGCGACGGUGCAGUGGUACGGCGGGGACGCGGCGUGCCGGGCGCUCAUGUUCCUCAAGCUGGCCGCCAUGUACGCCUCGGCCUUCGUCACCGUGGUCAUCGCGCUGGACCGCCACGCCGCCAUCGUCACCCCGCUGGCCGUGGGCCACGCCGAGAGGAGGAACAAGGCGAUGCUGAGCGCCGCCUGGGCGCUCAGCGCCCUGCUGGCCCUGCCCCAGGCGUUCGUCUUCCACACGGUGAGCCGGUCGCGGCCCCGGCGCUUCGUGCAGUGCGCCACGGUGGGCAGCUUCGGGGCGCACUGGCAGGAGACGCUCUACAACAUGUUCACCUUCGCCUGCCUCUUCCUGCUGCCGCUGCUCGUCAUGGUGCUCUGCUACGGCCGCAUCCUCGCCGCCAUCUCGGGCAGGAUGAAGGAGGCCCGCGUCUCCUCCCAGGAGUUCCAGCUCCGGCGGUCCUACAACAACAUCCCGCGGGCCCGGAUGCGCACGCUGCGGAUGUCCAUCGCCAUCGUGCUGACCUUCAUCGUCUGCUGGACGCCCUACUACCUGCUGGGCCUCUGGUACUGGUUCUCCCCCGAGAUGCUGACCCGCCAGAAGGUGCCGCCGGCCCUCAGCCACAUCCUCUUCCUCUUCGGCCUCUUCAACACGUGCCUGGACCCGCUGGUCUACGGGCUCUUCACGGGGCACUUCCGCAGGGAGAUGUGGCGCGCCUGCCGCUGCAGCCGCCGACGGCAGGAGCAGGACGCGGCGGCGGCGGCGCUCACCGGCUCCUUCCGCGCCUCCACCGCGCCCGGGAGGGCUGGCAGUAGUUUGGGGGGGCCUGGCAGUAGCCUGGGGGGGGCCGGCAGUAGUCUUGGGGGUGCCGAGAGGCACGAGCUGGGGGCGCCGGGCCGGAGGUGCGAGCUGUGCCGCCGGCGGGCGGUGGAGAGCUUCAUGUGA